ACAAACACUGGAGGUGCAGGUGUCAGUCUUCGGGAAAAUUGUGAGGUGUUGACGCCCCGUCAUAACUCACUGGUGAAUUACUCGAAAUUGAUGGUGCAAAUUUUCUCCGGCCAUUGAAAUGUUCUGAGUGAGACGGAAAAGUCCGAGGUGCACCGACAUGUGCUGGAGAUGAUGAAGUCAGUGUCAGUAACAGAAGCCAACUCUGGUGUGCUCAACCUGAAGACCACCAGGUACACCAACUCUCACUCACCCACCACCGACACCCCAACAGCCACCGCCCGAGAGGUUCAUCCCUUCCGGGAAUACAUGGACAACCCAGCCCCUGACACCUCAGUGUCCGACAGUGAGGAGAUAAUGGCUUAUGCCAACAUGAAGGUGCACCUUGAAGACGACGACAUCCUGGGGUGGUGGUCAGGGACCUCAGCUUCAGGUCUGUCCACCUUGAGACUGCUAGCCAGGAAGAUCCUUGCUGUUCCUGCCACCUGCGCCUAUGCUCAUGACCUCUGUGUUCACGCUCGCCAGGCUCGCCAGCAGAUGGGUCUCCAAGACGAGUUCCACCUCAAUAACGUUCUCCAUAUGAAGUACAACAUGAACUAGAAUGCAAAAACUAGAUUUUUGCCUAGACGAUUUUUCAAACAUGGUUGCCAAAAAAUAGUGUCAUUAUUAUUUUUUUAAUUCGUGAUAAAUCGUAACCUAAUAAGCAUAAAAAUUACAUUUUAUGCUCAAGUAAUUGAGUAUACAAUCUCCUGAAUAUAAGUCACCAGAGGAGCUAUUAUGUAUUAUUCAGAAUAUUUGCCAUACACACAUGUUUCGGGUAGUGCACUCAAGAUAUUUUCUACCAGCUAAUGUGGCAGUAUAUGAGUGAUAUAUGUAAACAAGGCUGUAA